UCAAAUUCGUACACACAUGACACAUAUUUGCUUUCACCUGUGCCUUUCUUUUACCGGCUAUUCUGUGUGUUCCUUACUUCACUCAUCUUGCAAAAACUCAAUUAUCUAAUCUUUAAUCCCAUAUAAUCAUAGAGAAAACACAAAUACAAAGCCAAUUAAAAUCCCAAUUUUUUUUUUUUAAUCUGGUUACUUCUUGUCCUUAAUAUUCAUAUAUAGUGGUGGUGGGUGAAAUGUAUUAAUAAAAACUAUACAAAGAAAGAAUCUUUUUUGUAGAUUUGAAGUGGGUUUUUUGUGGGUGGUGUUAAAGAUUCAAGAAAAUGGGGAAUGUUAAUGGAAGAGAAGAAAAUGAGGGCAAUAUCCCAUCUGGGGUUGAUUCUGGUGGGGUCCAAGAUAUCAUGGCCGUUCAUCAGGUUGAUGGAGAGUUCAUGGGUCAAUCUCCACCGUCCAGUCCUAGGGCAUCUCGUUCACCUUUGAUGUUUCGACCUGAGAUGCCAGUGGUUCCUCUACAGAGACCUGAUGAGGGGCACGGCCCAAGCAUUUCAUGGUCGCAAACCACCUCAGGUUAUGAAGAACCUUGUGACGAGCAAGGAGUUCCAACACUUAUAUCUUGGACUCUUGAUGGCAAAGAAGUUGCUGUGGAGGGAUCAUGGGAUAAUUGGAAGUCAAGGAUGCCUCUGCAAAAAUCAGGGAAGGAUUUCACCAUUUUGAAGGUACUUCCUUCAGGGGUAUACCAAUAUAGGUUUAUAGUUGACGGACAAUGGAGGUGUUCGCCUGACUUGCCAUGUGUUCAGGAUGAAGCAGGGAAUACUUACAACCUUUUAGACAUGAAGGAUUACGUUCCAGAAGACAUUGAAAGCAUUUCUGGUUUCGAACCUCCUCAGUCCCCUGAUUCCAGCUACAACAACUUGCACCUUGUAUCCGAGGACUACGCUAAGGAGCCACCCGUGGUCCCACCCCAUCUACAGAUGACGUUGCUUAACGUUUCUCCAUCUCACAUGGAAAUUCCACCUCCGCUUUCAAGACCUCAGCACGUGGUACUUAACCAUCUCUACAUGCAGAAAGACAGGAGUACCCCUUCCGUGGUAGCACUCGGUUCAACUAACCGGUUCCUGUCCAAAUACGUGACCGUGGUUCUUUACAAGUCGAUACAGAGGUGAAGAUUCGAUCAACUUGUCUUUACGAUAGUCUUAAAUAACUCGAAUACUCGUAGCUCAAUAUUAGAAGUCAAGUUGGUUCAUGUUUUCUGCAGUUAAAAGGCCAAAAAAAAAAAAAGAGCAAUAGAGGUAAUGUUUAGAAGUUUAUAUUGUAGCAAAGCUUGAUUGUGACUUCCUCCAUUUACUUUUCCAUCUCUCAUUUGCCCCUUUUUUCUUCUUUUAACAUACAAUUUGAUCAAUUCCAAUUCUUUUUCUUUC